AUGUCGGAAUCAAACGCGGGCACAACACCACUGGUGGAGAAUACCAAGCCGGCAGAAGCAGAGCAGCAACAGACCACGAAAGUUGAUACUCCGACGAAGCGUACACCAAAACGGAAGGCGGACGCAUUCAAGAAAGAGAGCGAAGAGCUUCUGAAAACUCUGGGCGUAUCCUUGGAAAUGGAGUUGGAAGAUGGACGACGCCGCACUCGAUCUAGUGCACGUGGUACUCCGUCAAGCGUACCAACAACCCCACCGGCAAAGCGAGCCCGUGGGGCUGGUGCUUCAAACACCCCGAAGCAGAAAGAGGAAUCCAAAUCGCCGGAAACCACAACCACACCGAAGAAGCGUGGAACGCAAGGCGAACGCAAGAGACUGCUGGUACUAAUGGAUCCAGCGCUCCCCAAAGAAUACACCGACACCAUAAAGAAUUCGGAGACGGACAGUAAUGCGAUGGAUACCACCGUGGAGUCCACGGCGGCGGCAACUACCACCAGUGACGUUACAGAAAACGAUGCCGGAAAAACGUCAGAAGUGACAGAAUCAGCAAAAGGUGCGAAGAAAGAUAAGGACGAUGUGAAGGAAAAAGGAGAUAAAAUAGUAGAAGAACCUGCCAAAGAGGAGCAGGAGAUUGUGGUUUGUAAGGAAAAGAAGGAGGUCGCAACCGUUGUCGCGGAUAAGAAGGAUACUACCUCCAGCAGCAACGAUCACACAGAUGCUGGAGAUGCUGUGAAGGAGGAAGUAGAAUUGUUGGACGAUAAAGGCAAGGAGGAUAGUAAGAAGGAAGACGCACAAAAGGAAGAUCCGGCAAUGGAAGUUGAUGAUGAAGUUAAGCCAUCGGAAAAGACGGACAACAAAGUGGUGAUCGCACAUGAUGGUGUUGCUCAACCUGAGGAAACCAAAUCAGAUGAAACGAACGAAAAGAAGGAGACAGUAACCGAAAAAGAAGUGGCAAAGGAUUGUGAAAGCAAUGGAAGCAAUACGGUGAACGACGUCAUCACCACAUCCCCGAAAGAGGCUUCAGAAGCAACGGAAGUCGCCACCGAAGAGACGAAGGAAAAACUUUGCCAAGAAAACGACAAGACGGAGGAGGGCACUGUCAAAGUUAACGAUUCGAAUGCUGUCGAGGAUGCUGCUCCAACCGUUGUAGAAAGCAUGCAAGAAAAAAAGGAUAGUUCGUCUCCUGCCAAGAAUAACGUGGAUGACACCAAGAGCACGGGUGAGGUGAAAGAUACCGUGACAGUUGCCGAUGUGACGACGGUGAACAGUGUGGCGGAGACUAAUAAUGUGGAAAAAGCUGCCUCGAUUGAAGAAACGAAAAUCGUUUCGAGUGAAGAAGCGACCACCAAGAUAGAUCCGGCGCCAACACCGCAAGAAAAGGAAACAGUUGUCACCAACAAUUAG